AUGGCUAUGUACUAUUAUGCUAGUAAAAUAUCGGCAAUCGCUUGUGGUACACGUUGCAGACAAACAGUUUUACAAAAAUCGCGCGGACAACGUGAUCGUGACAAAUCUGGACGGUCGGCGGACGAUGACAAUAAUGUUGGCGGCCGCAGUGGUGUUGGUGACAAUGGUGCGGAUAGGGAUGAUGAUAUUGGUGUUGGUGUUGGUGGGGACAUCGGCAUCGAUGGCGAUACUGGUAUGGCCAUAUAUACGACGUCCGCUGAAAAUGCGUUGGCCGAGGCAAUGGCAGCGGCGGCGGCGGCGGGGACGACGACGACAAAUGGCGACGGAGUGCGAUAUCGGCGCAGACACAGCGAACAGUUGGAUGCGUACGAUUUGGAAUUGGGGUUUCAGAAACUCGAGGUUUCAUUGGCAAAAUCAACAAAAACUACAUUCACCGGUUAUGGCAUCGGCAGCGCCAAUAUGGAUGGUGACAUAGUACAAUAUGACAUACCGAAAAAUUCAUAUAAACGUGCAAAUUCGGAUAUCAAUUACGAGGAAUUUAUUUUCUCAUUUUUAUUAUCGUCGCGUUUAUUUUUACGACCUCAUGAGCUGCUUGGCAAACUAUUAUCCUCGGUACCUGAUAGCGAAUCGUUAGAAUCAUUAGUCGCAUUAUUGGCCGAAUGGACGCACAAGUUUCCCUAUGACUAUCGCGAUGAGCGAAUGAUGGGCCAUGUUAAACAUAUCGUUGCCAGAUGUUCCAAUACAAAUCUAGAAGGUGUAGUUUCCGAAAUACUCAGUGCCUUGUUGAAACAAUUGACUGAUUUGGAGAGACAUGAAGAAGAUCUACGCGCUUGUCAAAGCACAAAUGAGAAGUCCGAACUCAGCAAAUUAGACUGCCCGACUGCGUCACAAUAUGCACAAAUACUUUGCCGACUGGAAAAGAAACUGGCGAAGCAGAUUGGACCAGAAGAAUUUCUACAAUGUAGUAGUAAUGUGCUGCUGGACAAACAGAAAAAAUGGGACCAACCGAGCACGUCAGGCGGUCCACCCGGUGUGCAAGAUCCGAAGAAAACGUGCAAUUUGGAAACGUAUCUGGACUGGUCGGCACGUCUGCGCCUAUUCGUAUGCAAUGAAAUAUUACAGUGCAUCGGCAUACGCGAUCGCAGUAAAACAGUCGAAUUAUGGAGUGGCGUCGCACAAUAUUGCCUGCUUGUGGGUAAUUACAACAGUGCCACAGCAAUACUCGAAUCACUGGAAUCGCCACCAGUAGCGAGACUAAAAAUAACGCGCAACACCGGCAGCAGCAGUAAUCAUCUCAGCGGCAUACAUGGAAGCGAGGCGCAUUUAAGUGGGCGGAUAUUGAAUGGCGGCGUUUACUUGGAGCGCACUCAACCACAAUCGCGCUUUCCAACCACUUUUGCGCUAUCACUGCAUUUGCAUUGA